CAGAACACACACAACACUCAGCAACACUUCCAGACAUUCUUUCUCGUCCUGCAGCACAAUGAAGAUUUGGGUGCUCCUCCUGCUGGUGGCGGUGACCAGUGCCAAGGUGUUCGACAGAUGCGAGCUGGUGAGAACGCUGAAAGCAGCUGGAAUGUCUGGCUUCAAAGGCAUCAGUCUGGCUGACUGGGUUUGCCUGGCCAACGCAGAGUCCCGCUAUAACACUCAGGCCACCAACAAAAACACUGACGGCUCAACGGACUACGGCAUUUUCCAGAUCAACAACCGCUGGUGGUGUUCUAAUGGCCAGUUCCCCAGCCACAACGGCUGUCGAAUCUCCUGCAGCGAACUACUGACUGAUAACAUCUCCGCUGCCAUCCAGUGUGCCAAGACCAUAGUGAGUCAGCAGGGCAUCUCAGCAUGGGUGGGGUGGCGUAAUAAAUGUAAGAACCGAGAUGUGAGCCAGUACAUCGUUUAAAUGAGGAACACUGAACGAUGGACUGCAAGCUGAAUUAACUGCAUCUUGUGAACAACACUUUACUUUUUUAGCACAUAGUUUCAUAUUUUUCUUUUCCAUAAAAUAUUAAAAGCACUAGUGCUGUAUUAUUGCUUAACUCAAACCACAUAAAGUAGAACAUAAUAUAAGUUUUUAAUUUGGUAAACAUCCAUACAAGCUUUAAGAAGAAAACAUGCUGCAAAUAGCAAAGGGGAAAUACAUGAUUAUAAUGCUGUAAUGUUAGUAAUCAUUAUCAAGACCUGUAUAUAUCAACAUGAGCAAAGCAUUAAAUAAACAGCUAGAACA